UUUGUAGAUUCGUGCGUGCAACCGUGCACGUAUUGCUGAACCUCUUACAAGGCGAGUCGCAAAGGCUGCUACUACGUCGCAAAAAUGCUCGAAGUAUCAGUCAAGACCUUGGAUUCCCAGAAUUAUUUCUUUACGUGCGAGGAAGAUAUUACAGUACGUGGCUUUAAAGAACACAUAGCUGAAACAGUUUCCGUACCCGCAGAAUCGCAGAGACUCAUAUAUUGCGGCCGAGUCUUGCAAGACGAUAAGAUACUCAAUGAUUAUGAUGUCAAUGGAAAAGUUAUCCAUUUGGUGCAACGUGCUCCGCCACAGCCAGAGUCACGUACCAGCAAUGACGAGACUCAAAGACAAAAUAAUAACAACCGCUGGCGUCAAGGCAUGCCGCGACUUCACUACCAAAGACAUCUCCAUAGAAAUGCUAUGUACUUGGGUACAAUGUCUGUGCCUGAAGAAAUUAUCGAAGGUUUACCAGCACCUCAGAUAAAUAACUCUCUGUCCAAUAGUCGGUUAUUAGCCGCAAAGCAUAUGCUUAAUAAAGCUGUUCAAUUGAUGAAUCGCCUAGAUGACCCUUCGGUACCUCUUCAUCCUAGUCCAACAGAAAAUAGUGCUUCUGAAACACCUCAACAGGCUUCAGCACCAGAAGAAGAAGCGGAGCAGGAUAGUAAUGUAAAUAGUAAUGUAAACAAUACCAGAAAUAGAAUGGUACAAGCAGCCUCGGAAAUUGCAGCUGCAUUCUCUGCUGCAGCCUUAAUUAACAUCAGAUUAUUACAUGAUAACAGCGAGGAUGGAGGAAGUGUCACAGGAACGGUUAACGUAAUCGAUGCAACUCGACCGCGACAGAGUACUCAGACUCAGAUACCGGAGCCAGAGGCGGAAGUACCGCAAGUACAAAGAUCAGAGCCACAAAGUGCAGUACCGGAAAGACCAGUGCCAGAAAGGUCAGAGCCAAUAAGAGCAGUGCCAGAAAGAUCAAGACCAGAAAGAGCAGAAGCAGGAAGCUCCGAGCCAGAAAGGUCUGAACGCGAAAGAUCUGAGCCAGAAAGUUUAGAGUGUGAAAGACCAGAACCUGAGAGAUCCAAUGCUUCCACGAGCAAUGAAAAUCAAAAUGCACGUCGACGAUCAACUUCUCAAGUUCCUCGUCCACCACAAAUGGCUGAGUUGUUAGAAAGACUGGUUAGUACUCAAGAUCGACUGAGACCGUACAUUGAACGCUAUCGAGUCUUGAUGUUGACAGAUCCUACUCUUACCCCUGGCAGCGGACCCGAAAGUGUUACUGAAAAUCAGAGGAUAGUGGAUGGUGUGAGUGAAUGUUUGCAUUAUUUAUCGCACGCUUGUCACUCAUUGAGCGAUAUAAUCGUCGAUAUGGGACAACAACCCCCUCGUAAUCUGCGCUGUCGACCAAUCAUCAUACAACAUUCGGCUAUAUUACAAGCUGGAAUACCAAUACAAGUAGAGUCCCAUAUGAAUAUACCUACUCGCAAUGCUACCAACAACAACAAUGCUACGGAUGAAGGUAAUGAAGCCACUCGACCAUCAUCACCUACCUCUGGUACAUCAGAUCAAACUCCAAGAUCUAAUAACACAAACAAUCGCUCGAUGCCUCAAAGCAUUAAUGGACAACAAAAUCAGCCAUCUUUAUUAGGUACUCUUCUAAAUCUACCAAGUAAUGUAGAAUUGUCAAUGGAAUUAAGUCCUCAAAGUACAAUCGAUUUGAACUCACCAAGUGCAGCAGAAGGUUCAGAGAACGAACAUGGUCAAACUGCAGGUGCUAGCAAUUUCUACCCCAUGGCUCCGCCCUUCGUCUUGAUUCGCGAUGCAUUGCGAACCGUAUUGAGUGAAAGGCACUCAUUACUGGACACAUCUGGUGGGGCAACAAUUAGCACACCAACCAAUAUACCAUUUGUAACAAUAGUGGGUCAGCAGACGAUGGAUAUUGGCACGCCAAAUUCAGGACAAAGCACCCAAGCAAGAAGCAACAUUGGCACGCAUCCAACAACAUCGACUCAGACCCGAAGUACUGCCAGACCACACGUGCUACAUCCUCAUCCUGCACUCAAUGUCGGUGCCAGCAUGGGCCAAAGCCUAGACUUCGAUCCUUUUCUCCCGUGUAACUCACACCACAUACGUAGAACACCACCAGCAACAGUCAAUUCUACUUCCACAUCCCAAUCCAACCAAGCUAAUCAGUCAACGGCUUCAGAAAGCCAUAGUCGAUCCCAGUCUGCAUCGCAAUCAUCUAAUUCAACAAGGAAUUCAUCGCAUGGCCCUUCAAUCAAUUUGGCAGAUUUAGCACAAGAGCUUCUUGAAAAUGAUGGUCAAGCAUUUAUGACUGGUAUAGGUUUGCCAAUGACUUCAGACGAAUUAUCACAAGUGCCUAACAGCGAUAAUGCACACAAUUCAUUCGUUGGACGUGGGCCUAUCGGUGGCGAAACUCAUAUAUCUUCUCAUAGCGACGCAUCACUGUUUGAACUAUUAAGGUUGAGAAACUCGCUUUUCGAGUUUACAGAGCAAAAUUUCUUAAACGACCUGUGGCUAUUUUUGUUGAGAAACAUCACUUUCGGAGGUAUAACGCAGCUGAGUUUAGGCCAAGUAGCACCGUUAGUGAACCUUCGACAGCCUCUGCGAGAGUUUUUGGAACAUUCCUUCCCUCAUGUGUCGCAAACGACUUUGCAGGAGCGGGUCGUUGAGCAAAUUGUAUCACUAAAUUGCCCGUUGCUUCAAAUUCUUAUUCAACCUGAAGAGGAGAUUGCUAACAGACGAGUCGAUAUACCUGCAACCAUCGAACCUUUAUUGCGCAAAUUUUGCAGUGAUAUUUUGAAACUAUUGUUUAACAACGAUGUGGAUAAUGAUACGUUUGCACAAGAGGCAGUUGUAUUGGCAAAAAAAUUGGAAGAGCAAGCUUUUGCAGUAUUCGAAUAUUUAAUCCAAUAUGGACAAAUAAGAUUCGGAAUUAUGAGCUCACGCUUUAUAGAUACAAUGAUACGCUGUGUUCCGAUGCUCUUCCACCAAUCUUUGCUACGUAUACUGACCACACGGAUCUGCGAUUUCACAUCGAGAACGUCGCAAGUAUCUCAAGACGAGAUAACGGCUUUACUGAUAUACCAGGAAGAGCCGUCUGCGCCAUCAGCUCAAUCUGCAGUGGCUGAGUCAGUGAAUAAUUCGCAACUAAAUUCAGCCUCAGCGAGCGAACCCCAUGUGAAAUUAGAGUCGGUGAGCGAAAAACCGCCCAAGUUGGAGUCCCAACAGCAAGAGCAAGAGACUCAAUCACAGCCAAUGCAAGAACAGCAAUCAAAACAAGAUGUACGAGAAGAGACCAAGGAAGCUAAACCCGAGCCAAUGGAAACUGAGUUACUAGACGAUAAAGUUGUUGAUGAUCCUAUGGACCUUGCUAACGGAGAAGAAAUACCUGAGACUUUUCCGGGAGCAGAAAAUUUACCUGCUGACUGGGUGCCGAUAAUCGCUCGCGACUCCGUGCGCCAGCGCCGCCAAGUCCAGAUGCAGGCUCUUCAGGGCGGCCCGAUCCCCUUCAGUGACGCCUACCUCAGCGGUCUGCCCUCGAAACGGCGCAAGCUUAUCGAGCAGCAGAAGCCCCAACUGCUGGUGAGCCCCGUGCCGAGCGGUGCUAACGCCAUCGCCGCCUCCCUAGAGCGACUGGUCCGCGAGGGCAUCGGACACACGCAGGUCGGGGAGACCGAGGGUGCGGCCAGCGCCGUAGCUUCGGCUCCCGGCGUCAGGAGUGCCUUCGGCCAGGCGAUUAAAGACUGCCUCCAUCCGGAGAGGCUGAGGACACCAGACUUUCCAAACGCGGCCCGCUUCCCCAAUGCAACCAAGUACUUCGCCGACGGGGACAAGGACAAGAAGGAGGACACGACGCCGACCACGACGAGCAAGCCGAGCAAGUAGGGCUCAGCGCGGCGCCCCGGAGGAACUCCCCUCGCCGCAUUUGUCGCCCUCUGCUUUUGCUUUUUCCUCCUGACCGCGGCCCUCCUCGCGAUACCCUGACGUACGGCCGCGCCACGUGGUGACGACCGGCUGCGAGACUUUUGCGAGCGGACGGCCAAAGAGAGGGGCGAAACAAAACCGACGAGGUGAUGCCGAAGCUCGCAAUGCGCUGUCUGUAGUCUUUUUUCAUCACCACCACCGCCGUCACUAGCACCACUAGCACCACUAGCA